CCCUCCCUGGAGUGUUUCUCUGGAUGACGUUAGCAGCCAGUGUCCCUCCUCCCGUGCGUACAGGAGAAAGAAGCAGCAGACCGCCUCUGAUUUGUGCGCACCACCUCCAGGCGCUGACUCGCCGACUCAAGCCGAGGAUGGCGUCGCUCGGCGCGGGGCUGCAUGUCAGCCGCAAGCGGUCAGCGGGCAGGAGUGCGGCGGUGGAGAGGAGGAACCUGCUGACUGUGUGCCGUUUUUCCGUGAAGACCCUCUUGGACCGCUCCUGCUUGGAGAGCAUGGACGAUUCUUCUGCAGAUUUAGUGAACUUUGUGUCCAUCCUGGAGCAUAUCCUCAACCAUCGACUUAAAGGUCAGACCUCUUGGUUUGGCUACGAGAGUCCUAGGAAUUUCUGGGAUUACGUCAAAGCAGCCUGCGGUAAAGUCUCUCAUAAUUGCAUCCGAAGCAUCGAGUGUAUGGAGAAUGUGCGAACGUCCAAAGCUAAGGGUCGAGCGUGGAUCCGGGUGGUUCUGAUGGAGAAAAGAUUAUCCGAAUACAUCUCAUCUGCUCUGAGGGACUUGAAAGCUACCAGGAGGUUUUAUGACGAAGGAGCGAUCAUGCUUGGAGAAGAGGCGGGUCUUCUAGCGGACACGCUCAUCGGGCUCAACACCAUCGACUUCAGCUUCUGUCUGAAGGGAGAGGGUCUUGAUGGCGGAGGCCCCUCAGUGAUUGACUACACGCCUUACUUGAAGUUCACUCAAAGCGCAGACAGCAUCAGCAGCGACGAGGAGGAAAUGCGCACCCUGGGGAGCAGCGGCAGCGAGAGCAGCACGCCCGACAAAAUGGCCACGGCCGCCUCCAUCUUCACCGAGCAGAGCAACUUGGUCAGCAAGUGCAAGCGUCUGGAGCAGAAAUAUCGCAUGGCGCUGGAGCAGAAGUCUUACCUGGAGGAGCUGGUUCGUCUGCGUGAGGCCCAGCUGGCUGAGGCGACGACUCAUCACAAAGCUCUUCAGCAGAGCCUGGUUGACACGCACCUGUCACACUCGCUGGAGAAAGAGCAGCUGGAGUUUAUCAUUUUGGAGCUGCAGGACCAACUGACAGUGUUGAAGAACAAUGAUUUGCGGUCGCGGCGGGAACUGACUGCGCACCUCACCAAUCAGUGGCCGUCCCCUGACGCUUUGGAUGCCAACGCUGUCGCCUUGGACACGCUGCUUGUGAGGAAGAGCACUGGACAGUGGGAGGACAAGAACCUCCAUAACGUGCCUGCAGAUAUGAGCCUAUCACAGAUGUCCCUUGAACCGUCACAUAUGCUAACGCUGGAGGCCAAAGCAGCCUGUACACACUGGCCCCGCCAAGGUACACAUGCAACACAGUGCUUGUCCAGUCUUCAAGGUGUUGAUCUUAUCCCGUCCCACCUAGGAAAAGAGCAGACGCCAUCUCUCAGGGGGCUGUGCGGCUCUCUGACCUCCGUCAACAGUUUCAGGUCUCUGGCCAGUCUGAGAUCCAACGAGUGUUUGGCCAGUCCUGCCGCAGAGGUCAACAGCCCGGGGUUCACUCCCACGUAGGCCCACGCCACACACAGCAUCCAGCAAUCCUCUCAACGUGGUUUUAUUUUGUAGAAAUGUAUGUUCCAUGUGCGCUUUGAGAGCCAUGUUUAUUCAAGUCAGGGGUGUCCAAAGUAUGGCCCGGGGGCCAUUUUCAGCCCGGAGCUUGUUUAUUUUUGCUUGUUUCAGUUGGCCCUUGGCAGAUUGUAAACAUCAAAUAAACUCACCUAUUAAGAUUUAUUAGAUAGUACACUGAUGUGUCACCUAUAACAGUGCUUCCUCAUCAUUUUUGGCUUGUGUACCCCCAGAACCUUUUUGUCAUACCAUGAGUACCCCUUACUCACACGUGUUGAUAAUUCUCCAAAAGUAGAAUGUAACGCAACUUAUGAUUUUGGCGCAGCUGUGCCACAGGUUAUUGUCUCCCUGGGGAAACUAGUUGUAGCGCACACGUUCCAUUUUAUUGUCUGGCUUAAGAUGAAAUGAUUGAGAAAAUUGACUUACCUUGGAAAUUAAAUGUUUGCGCAUGCCCCCUGCAAUUUUCUCACAUACCACUAUGCAUACGCGUACCUCAGGUUGGGAAUCACUGACUUAUAACACCAAGCUAAGAUGUUGUUUUGUCCAAAUACCUUAGCAUGCACUACUCACGAAAAGAGAUACAGUGGACAUUUGCGAUUCAGCAUUCAUUCAGAUUUUUGGUCAAUUUUUUUUUUUUACAAAUCUUUUAAAAAUAUUUAAAUAUUAUAUAUAUUAAAUAUAUUAAUACUGAUAUUAUAAUGUCCUAUAAAUAUCACGAGUAUUUAUGAUAAUACACUAGGUCCUCAACCAACGAACACAAUUGGUUCCAGACGACCGUUCUUAUGUCGAAUUGUUCUUAAGUAGGGGAAAAGGUAAUAUUACCAAUGACAUAGGUACUACAUGUACGUGUAUACAUAUACAGUAUAUGUGUAUGUAUGUAAAUAUGAAUUUGGAUGCAGUAGUAAUAUUAAACAAGGAUAAUUAAUGAAAAAAACAAUAAUAAAAAUGAUAUAAUAAUACGUAAUGAUAAAUGUUAUUUACCUUUGAAGAGGAGUGGUCGAGCAUACGUCGUUGUGGUGGAGGAGGAGAUAUUGAAAAAGGACGAAUCGUCUUCGUUGUUAGACUCUUCUAAAAGAGGUGGUGUUCUGUGGGUGGUGUAGAAUUAAGCAGGCCUAUUAACUUUUCAUAAACUUUAAUCACACGCUCUGUCCGGGUUGUAUCAUACAGCUACAAUGUAGCUUUCUCUACCCAGCGGCUUCCUGGACCUGUUGGUCCAAUUAGCAGUGUCACAGUGCCCUCUACUGGUCAAGCAUGUAGCAGUAUAAAUAAUGGAGUUACAGUACUAAAAGGAAAAAUACAUGAAAAAAAUAGACCAGUCGGCUUGUGUUCGUAUCUCCGAAAGUUUGCAUGUCGGAUGUUCGUAAGUUGGGGACCUAGUGUAUGAAUAAACACAUCCAAAUAUAUAUUUUCAAAAAGGCCUUUUUUUCAUAGAAAACAUCUCAUUCAUCAUAAUUCGUUAAGAAUUUAUAAUAAUGUGACAAUACAGGUAAAAUGUACAGCAUAUAGAGCCUGUAUUUUUUUCCACAUAUUUUUGUCUUUGGUUUUUUCAUCAAGCUUUGAGAUUUCGCACUUUGUUCUGCAUCACACUUGCAUUAAAGACAUUACACAGGCUGUAGAAAUUCAUGGUUUGUAAUAAAUGUUUCUGCAACAUUCUAUUAUUGGCAACAUGCUGACAAACAAACUGGCCGGCGCCAUGAUGCAACACAGUGUGCACUCAAAAAGACGAUAAGGGUGGCAUGGUUUCUUCCCUGUAUUUGAUCAGGAAAUAUGCAAAUUCAGCACUUUUUACUUAAGAAAAUGAUUUUAAAAACUUUGGAAUCAUACAGAAAAUACAUUUAUAAUACAGUUAAAUGAACAAAUAUUCAUAUUUAGUUAUUUCUGGAUUUUUCACGCUCCCCUGACCACACGUCACUGUUCGUUAGCUGUGAGUACAUAUACAUUUUGUAGUUAAAAAUGUCUUUAAUAAGUGUGUGAGGCACAGUGAAGAGAGGCAGGGAAGGGUUAUAGAGAUGAAUCUAGUCAAAUCAUGACCACAGCCACUUUUAUUGCAAAUGUUGAUCUGAAGUUGCAGGAGAACAGCAACGGCACGCUAGUGGGGUGGGGGUCGUGUGUCAACAAUAGACAUUUGUAUGUGGACGUCUCGAUUACUUGCAGUUUUUCGCCUUCGGCUGAUGUCCCGCAACGUAAUCUGCACAAACUUUUUGUUAGUAUAUUUGACUUGCAUCUUAACUGUACAAAAUGGAUCAAAGUGCCCCCCGCCUCCUUUCAUUUUUCUGUAUGCGGCCCUCGCUGGACAAAGUUUGGACACUCCUGACAUAAGUGGUGUAGCAUUUCCAUUGUUAAAAUGCGCUCCACUCAUUGUGUACCUUUUAAUUUGAAUGCUUUGUAUUGAGACACAUUGUCAGAGUCCUUACAUAUGAAUGUGCCAAGAAUACUACAAGAGUUUACUUAUGUUUUCAGGUUGAUGUGUCCACAAAGGGAUCGUCAUACCUGCACUUUUUCUCACAUAUGCCAGCCAUCCAUCCGUUUUCUUCCGCUUAUCCGGGGUCCGGGUCAUGGGGUCAGCAGUCUCAGUAGGGAAGUCCAGACUUCCCGGACCGUCAUCGUGUAACGCAAACAGACCAUCUUUAGUAGUUCUCAGGUGUUUUCUUUUGUGUGUGCCUUCGCGUUUUGUGCAUAAUGCAGUAUUUUGUUCUCAGGUCGUGACCACUAUGAUUGAUAUUCUCCCUUCAGUUGAAUCAAACGUACUCCCUUUAAUUAUUAUUCCCAAUGCUGUCGUAAUUGACUUGUGGUAACCGUGAUCAAACCUGUGGAGCACAACAACACUCAGCUUUACUGCUUCUUAUAGCACCCAUUUACACAGACACAUCAGACAAACUAUGUUUUAUUGGACUCAUUUUGGCUUUUUUGAAUAAACAUAAUUUGAAGAAAAAAAAAGUGCAUGAAAAUAUACAAUAUCAGGUUUUACACUGUUCAGCUUUUUCAUCUCAUCCUUCAGUUGUUGGCAUCAGAAACUAUCAUCUCUUGGUAGUAAGAACUAGGGAUGGGCAAAAUGGAAAGAAUUGAUUUUCCAUUAAUAGCAUCUCCAGCAGUUGAGGCUCUAUUGAUUCAGUCUGCUGACUAAAGAAGUUGAGCUACGUUAUGCAAUGGCGCAACUUCUUCAGGCACCAUUAUUCUGCUCAAAACAAUACUGGCGUGGCAACGGGAGUUCAGAAUAUUCCGAUGGUUCAUUUUCCCCUUAGUUGGUGGAGGAAAUGUCCCCAAAUGUCCCCAAAAGCACAUGCCCAUGGAUGUUAAGUAAUACAUAGUAUGACUUAUAAUACAUCUCUAUACAAAAAUGUAAGUUGUGCGUCAUCAAUGAAUAUAAAAUUACAAAUACUAUCAUUAAAAGUGUUUUAAUAUGCUUUCUGC